AUGCGCCCGAAGGAGCAGGUGCCGGGCUGCGCGGGGGACGGGCCCGGGUCCGGACCUGGGCCCGGGGACCCAGCCGCGGCCACCCCGACACCCCCGACUGCGGCCAGUCCUGCGCCGGAGCCCUCGGCCGAGCCCGAGCCCGCCCCGGCGCAGGCCCCCGGGGCCGGACCGCGGGCCGCCGGGUCCCGAGCAUCCCCGGGAGCGCAGUCCGGAGCCCGCCCGGCCUCUCAGGCUGGAUCCAAGACCGGAGCCCCGCGCUCCUCGGGCCGGUCGGUGCUCGACCACUCGGAAGCGCCGUGGACACGCUUCGUCUUCCAGGGGCCUUACGGUCCCCGGGCCACUGGCCUGGGGACUGGAAAGGCGGCGGACAUCUGGAAGACGCCAGCCGCCUACAUCGGCCGGCGGCCGGGGGUCACCGGCCCCGAACGCGCCGCCUUCAUUAGAGAGCUACAGGAAGCUCUGUGUCCCAACCCACCUCCCACCAAGAAGAUCACCCAAGAUGACAUCAAAGUGAUGCUCUAUUUGCUGGAGGAGAAAGAGCGGGAUCUGAGUACGGCGGCUCGCAUCGGCCAGUCUCUGGUGAAACAGAACAGCGUCUUGAUGGAGGAAAACAGCAAACUGGAAGCCAUGCUGGGCUCGGCCAGGGAGGAGAUUUUACACCUCAGACACCAAGUGAACUUGCGAGAUGACCUCCUUCAGCUGUACUCGGACUCAGAUGAUGAGGAUGAAGAUGAGGAAGAGGAGGAAGAAGAGGAGGAGGAAGAGGAGGAGGAGGAGGAAGAAGAGGAGGAAGAGGAGGAGGAGGAAUUCGGAAGAGAGGAAGAUCGGCCCUGUGACCAUCCCUAUGAUGUCUCCAAACCGGCUCCUCAGGAGGAGUCUCUGCACCACUGUCCGCAGCUGGAGGUCCUGCAGCGCAAGCUGAGGCUGCUGGAGGAGGAGAAUGACCAGCUGAGAGAGGAGGCUUCGCAUCUCGACACCCUGGAGGACGAGGAGCAGAUGCUCAUUCUGGAAUGUGUGGAGCAGUUUUCCGAGGCCAGCCAGCAGAUGGCCGAGCUGUCCGAGGUGCUGGUGCUCCGGCUGGAGAACUAUGAGCGGCAGCAGAAGGAGAUCACCCAGCUGCAGGCCCAGAUCACAAAGCUGCAGCAGCGCUGCCAGUCGUACGGGGCUGAGACUGAGAAGCUGCAGCAGCAGCUGGCCUCUGAGAAGGGAAUCCACGUGCAGCUCCAGGCCGAGAACCUUCGGGCGGGCUCCCAGAUGCCAGACCCACGGGAGAAGUACCCAGACUGCGGGGGCAUGAUGCGUGAGCGCCAGGAGGAGGCAAAGCACCUGCGCCAGCACCCCCGGGCACCCGCUGGGUCUGUCACCCAUUAUGCGUACAGUGUACCUCUGGAGGUACUUCCAAGUUUCCCGGAAACUCUGGCGGAGGAGCUCAGAACCUCUCUAAGGAAGAUCAUCUCAGACCCGGCAUAUUUUAUGGAAAGAUGCAGCAACCUUCGCUAUAGGGAGGAGCAGAAGCAGGAGCCGGAGGAGUUCAGGGCUGAACAGGGGUUUAAGCUGCCACCGGAUAUGGAUCCUGCAGAGGAGCUGGUGCCUGAGGAGGAGCUGGAGGCCAGAGAAGAGAGGGAGCCAUCUGAGGAAGGGCUGGCAGAAGAGUCAGAGCUGAUGUCUGAGGACACGGAGGCCUGGGAGGAGUUGGAGCCAGAGGUGGAUGAGGCCACUCGGAUGAAUGUGGUGACCUCCGCCCUGGAGGCCAGUGGCCUAGGCCCGUCGCAUCUGGACAUGAAGUAUGUCCUCCAGCAACUGGCCAACUGGCAGGAUGCCCAUUGUAAGCGGCAGCAGCAGCAGAAGGUGGCCCAGAAAGGUGAGUGCUCCCGUGGGGGCCUCCCUCCGUCCAGCUGGACAAGCUGCAGAUCGUCCAGCCGAUGAGAGGUGAGGGUAGUUGAGCGGCUCACUUACCCCAGCCCGGCCCCACCCAGCGUGCUUAUUUGCAUGGACUUUGCGUACUAUUUGCAUAGGUCCCUCAGGUCCCCCCUUGGUAGGAACUGUGGCCCCCAUGCUCACUUAUGUGGAAUUGGCUUCAAGUCCAGAUCUCCAUCCACUUUUCUCCUGGGGGCUGGGCUAGGGGGAUCAGGAUUGGGAGUGGAUCCACCCCCCCAUCCCCCCUGCUACACCUCAGUUUCUGUCUCUGCUCG